AUGAUAAUAUCUUGUGAUGUAGUACAUUUUCAGUGGUGGAAGAGACCAUACAACGUUGCUGCAUUGUGUCUGGGGCUGCUGUGUGUUCUCCUACUGGCUGGGAUCAUAGGCCUGUGUGUACACUGUAAAGACCAGCUACAGACCAGUUAUAGCACCCUGACUAAAGAUAGAGACCAGCUACAGAGGGAGACAAUCAGACUGAACAAGAAGCGCAAAGAGAGACCUUGUCACGAAGGAUGGAUGAAGUUCGAAACCAGCUGUUACUUCCUCUCAACUGUGAAUAAAACCUGGGAGGAGAGCAGAAUGGACUGUCUAAGGAGAGAAGCCCACCUUGUGAUCAUAAACAACAGAGAGGAACAGAUAUUUAUCAAUGGGUUAAACGGAGCAAAUAAACAAAUCUGGAUUGGUCUGACUGACACAUUUGCUGAGGGAACCUGGAAAUGGGUGGACGGCACACCACUGACUACCACGUAUUGGGGGGAUGGACAGCCUAAUAGCUGGAAAGAAACAGAGCAGGACUGUGGGGAGUUUGUACACCGUUCAACAGACCCAGGGGAUUGGAAUGACGAUGGGUGUUCCGUUGAACAAUACUGUGUCUGUGAGAAAUAG